ACACACACAUCUACACACACACACAUCUACACACACACACGCACACAUCUACACACACCCACACACACACACACACACAUCCACAAAGCAGAUAUGAUUGGACGAGAUCGCGAGCGUGUGGAUAUUGGCGCCCUGUUUAGGGACAGAGCGUCCCAGGGCGACUUUGUGCGCAUCUGUGCGCCCAUGGUCCGCUACUCCCAGCUCGCUUUCCGGCAUGUCGUGCGACGACACGGCGUGGAUGUGGCGUUUACGCCAAUGAUUGUGUCAGACUCCUUUGUCCAGAGCUGGCGCGCGAGGGAGGCCGACUUUGCCACAAGCACCCAGGACGAGCCUGUUGUGGCGCAGUUUGCGGCCGCAAAUGCCCGCGACUUUGCUCACGCAGCUGCUCUCAUGGCCCCCUACGCCGACGCCAUUGACUUGAACUGCGGCUGCCCACAAAAAUGGGCCAUGCAGGAUGGGCUUGGUUCGCACUUGGUGUCGAAGCCGGAGUUGGUGGCAGAUAUGGUAAAGCAGGCGCGUGCACUGAGCGGAAUUCCCGUGUCCAUCAAGAUCCGCUUGCGAAACACGACAGCAGAAACGGUGGAGCUGUGUCGCCGGGCAGAGCAGAUGGGCGCAGCGUGGAUCAGCGUGCAUGGGCGGUCACCAAAGGAACGCCGCUGCCCCGUGCAUUAUGAUGAGAUUGCGGCUGUGAAGGCUGCGAUGAACGUUCCCGUUGUGGCCAACGGGGACGCCUUCUCGCUGGAUGACGCUCGCAUGAUCGUUGACAAGACAGGCGCGGAAGUGUCAUCCACUGUGAUGAAGCAUAUGCAUCAGCUUGAAGUUGCUGUUGAGGCGAAGGGUCAACCCUCUCAUGUGGGUUCCCAGUUCCAGGAGCCACUGGAGCGUAUCGAAGAACAACUGCGCGAACUUGAGCAACGGACGUUGAGGGACAUGACCAAGCUCCGAGAGACAAUGAAGAAGGACCGGACGGCAAUCGUCAUGCGCGUUGACCACCUUCGCAAGAGCGUCGAUGCCAUGGACAAGCAACAGAGCGAGACGGCAGGAGGGCUGCAGGCACUGAACGAGUGGCGAACAGCAAUCACACCGCAGAUCGACACCCUCCUCCGCAAUGCCAGUGCACCGCACCAAGCACCCAUGUCUGCCCAAUCAGGCUCCAUGCGCGAUGUGCAUGCCGCUCAGAGCGGCGUACCCCAGGAUCGACUGUUGCGCCUUGAACGCGGCCUGAAGAAGGAGAUGGACGAUCGGAUCAACCCUCUUAUCAAGAACAUGUACGACUCGCAAAAGGCGGGAGAAGACCAGCGCACAAUUGUCCUGCAGGAACUCCGUGACAUUCGGACCCGCCAGGAAGACGCAAUUGCCGACGUCGUUGAUCGUAUGAGGAGCGAGUUCACCAUCAUGCUCGCAAACGUUCGCAACAGCGCCGAUGAUGCUAAAGGGACGGCGCAAGCGGUUGCCAUGUCGACGCAAGACCAAAUCACUGAACUGCGAAAGACACUGGAACCUGGUCUACGCACGUGUGCUGAUGAUGUGGAGCACCUCAAACUGACCACCCGCGAUUUCUCCUCCCGCAACAAUCUGGUUUGGGGCAGUGUUGGGGAGCUCAAGCAAGAGCUUGAAGCGUCCAAGCGUAAAGUGGUUCAUCUUGAACGCUCAGUGGCGCAACUUAAGGAUGUGAUCAAGGAUCUACUCUCGCGCCUCUUUGACCGCCACAUCAGACCUUUGCAGCAGAAAGUCGACGCAAUCGCCAAGGCAAUGCAUCAUGCCCGCUGACCCACACCAGUUCAGGCCGUCCGUUGUUGCUGCCGCGUACAUGCCCCAACCCCUUAUUGCACCUCCUUCCCCGCGUGCUGACUUUGCUUGCGGCGUGCUGGCCCUCGUUUCAUGGUCGCGCCACUGUUGCUGUUGUCGAUCAACACAUACAUACACCUGAUGAACGCAAUGACACCAUCGACCUUGCACACACACACACACACUCUCUCUCUCUCUCUCUCUCUCUCACACACACACACACACACACACUCACAGACAUACGCACUCACUUACGUACACAUACACGCACACUCACUCAGUCAGUGUGGCUAUCGCAUUAUCUUCACAUGAGCAACUCUGUAAUCAAUGAGAACAAAAACGAAAGAAAGAGCUGUGAACAAAACCAAAGUGACAUGA